CAUUGCAGUACAGUGCAAAGUUCAAGGCAGGAAUAUUUCCGGAGAAAUAUGACUAUACGGUCAUUGAAGGCGAAUCCAUUACAAUUUCAUUCAAGUCGACAGUUCCGGUUGGUUGCAUUGCCUCGCAUAAAAACCUCAUGGCUCGCUGUGAUCAGAGUUUUUAUGUGUUUCAACCUAAAAAGAAUCCAAACGUCGGAUCGUGUUCUAAUAACAUUGCCAUAAAAGAUAUCAUAUUCAAAGCACAAUUUUGCGGCAUCAAAUUUGGAGCCACUGACUGGCAAGAAGAGAAGAAACUGGAAGUGUAUGGUUUUAGUGAUGGUCUGUAUAAUAGUGGAUAUCGAUCAACAUACAUACGGCUUUCCACUUCUGCUGUGUCAGCAUUUAAUGAAAUGUGGCAAAAUGUACAAAUUCCGGACAUUAAGGUUAAAGUUUUAGAUAAAGAUGCGUCACUGAAAAACAGGCUUUGUCAAUCUGUAAAUGAUCCUCAUAUCACGACCUUUGAUGGAAAAUAUUAUCACUUUAUGGACAUUGGUGAAUUUGUUAUGUAUAGAAAUGGCAAAGGACCUUAUUGGCUCCAUGCGUUGUUGACCAACUGCGGAUAUGGUUGGCAAGGUUCAGCUUGUCACUGUGCGAUAGCAAUACGAAGUCGCAGUUCCUUGUUUGUUAUCAGGACUUGUAAAUCUAUUUCAAGGACGAAAAAGGAAUUAUUAACAACACCAAUUACCAAAUUAAUAAGUUGCGAUGACAACGACCUACUAAUUGACUUUAAUCAAGCACGAAACGAGUACAAGGUUACUUUACCAAUCGGAACAGAAAUCAAGAUCUCAAUAUCGAGGUGGUCGAGAUUUAUCGGUACUGUCACAGUAAAACCUUCAAUUUAUGACAUAAAUGAAGCAAAGGGACUGUGUGGUGUUCCUAGUGUCACAAAAGAUCCUUCAGAUGAUUAUACUCAUCGUCAAAACGGACCAGUUAGCAGUGAUCAGGAAUUCGCCAAAUCAUGGAGAAUAACAUCAGCAAUGACGAAUGAACAGUUGUUUGUUGAAGAACCGGAUUUUAUCAAAGAUGAUUUAACUCUUAACCUUCCGAACAAUCCAUCAAGCACAAAUAACGCUACAACAUUUUGUACAUGUGAGGACCAGGCUACUAGUACGGAAUCACUCGAUGAUUUCAACAUUGUACAAUGUAACUUGACAGAAAGCACGAAAGUUUGCUCCAGUUCGCAACAAACUGGGAAUCAGAUAAACUCCUAUUCUACUUCCUGUACCGUCUCUAAACGUAAACGGCGUUCUCUAGAUCACUCUAGUGUAGUUCGUCGAAGCACAGCUGAUGCUGAUGACAGUGAUGAUGUUACUGAGUCUAAUCCUCUUGUUUAUGAUGAAGACAUCAACAGUACAGAUGUGAUCACUCAAACCUUUAGAAACGGAUGGACUGCGGAUAUAGCUUACCAAACAUGCCAAGAAGCUUUGACUACAGCUAUUCCGUCUGAUGUUUACAGCAAUUUUGUUGAGGUAGAUGUGGAAAAUUUUAUACAGUCAUGCGUAUCAGAUAUUGAGGUAACUGGGGAUAAGUCAUUUUUAAUGGAUACUAUCAAUGCCAUGGCAACGAAUAUCAUGACGGAAAUCUCCAGAAAUGAAUCACUUUUUAUUCUGAACACAACUGAUGGCUCACAGACAAUUCUUGAACAAAUAACAAGCAACUUGUGUAGAAACAACUGUAGCAAUAACGGCAUCUGUAUUUCAGGUCAGUGUGAGUGUUCAAAUGGAUAUAUUGAUGAUGACUGUUCCAAAGAAACUUCAACGCCACCUGUUAACAUAAGUCUGCCAGCUGAAGGUUUAUGUACUACAACAACACGUACAUGCAGAAAAACUAAUAUCUAUGGUGAUUUUUUGUCAAUGGAAAUUUGGUAUAAGAUCCGAUAUUUUAAGGUAGUUGAUAAUUCUAAAUUGUACUCAUCAAAUUGGGAAAUUAACAAGGCUCAGUACAGAAAUAUGUUUAUGGUUACCGUCGACCUUGACGUAUCAAGAAAAACUCGUUCAGCCUCGGGACCUAAGAUGGCAGAAGGGUAUGAAAUCACACUGUCAAACGACGGAACCAAUUUUGGCAAUAAAGUUACAAUCCUUAUUUAUGACGACGGAUGUUUUUCAUGUAAUAGAUCGAUGACUUGUGUUUCAUUGGAAGUCUGUGAAUCUUCAAAUGAGAGUCAAGGAAAAAACGAAGAUAGUAACAAGACCAUUAUAGCACUGGCUUCAUCUUUUGGUGUCAUUGGUGUGCUUGUUUGUUUGUUAGCUUUACUAUUCUACUUGAAGCACAAAAACAGUGAUGAAAAGAUAAAAGUUGGUGUUUACUCUGGCUGCCAACAUGAAAGUGGGGAAAAAAAGGACAAUGAUAUGUUGUCCAAUAGGACCAAAACAUUUAGAGAAAAUACAAUAAGCGAUCUUGAUGUUUAUUUUGAAGACGGCGGAGAAGCAUCAAUUAGCAAUUUCGAGAAACAGCUACCACCACAAAACCAUUUCAAGAACAAUUCAUAAUUUUGUCAAAAAAUAACAAUUUGACUUAAUGUUAUUGACAUGUAGAUUUCUUUAUGAUUUCUUUUUUCUUUUAAAACAUUGACACCAGUACUUAGAAUCUUUUUCGAACAGCAAAGUUCUAUAAGUAUAACCAUCUUUAAACCUAUUUAUUUUCAUAUUUCGUUUAUUCGUAUGGUAUUGCAUGUUAAAUCCACAUCUAAGUCAUCAAUACAAAUAACUCUUUUUUUUUAACUUUUAAUAAACGAAAUCGGUAUGUGCUAUCAGUAUGUAACGAGUUACCAAAUGAUAUACGUAUUACUAUUUAUUUUUUCUUCAGUUUUACACUGUAAACCUUAUCUCUUAAUGAUGCCCUCGAUUGAGGACUCGUAAUUCCGUAAUUGCAAAUUAAGAGCUUAUUAAAUUCUUCUUCGCCUGCUCGUCCGAAUUUUUCUAAAUUUCUUCGUAUAAAUAAGACAAAAUUCUAAUAUAGGUUUGGUUGCUCGCAGAAACGUUUUCUUUUCUCUUGCAAACAAUGUUUAAAAACGUAAUAAUCUAAUAUAAUUUGAUAACAAUUUGACAUUUGCAUACAACAAUAUGUUCAACACUCAAUAUGUGUAAAUGAACUUAAACUCUAUAUGAUCCAUAUUCAUAAAUAUGACAAUAAACUGUAAACUGUACUUUGUAGUAACUGUGAGCAUCUUCGAUGAAAUGAUAGUUCAACUAUUUUUUUUUUUUAAUAAUAUAACGAAACCCGAUCCUUUAAAUCGCAAAAGGAUUCCACGUGCAUAUAUAACCAAUAUAUCUAAAUAUAACCAAUAUAUCUAGAUCCAAAACAACUAUAACCCGUUUUACAACUGCUCUAGCCAGUUUUGAAUAUAUAUAACUAUAUUUAACGUAGGGAAAAUCCCUUAAGUCAAACGAAAAAAUAUAUAUACUUUUCAUUGCAAUUAGUGCAUUACCAGUGCAAUGUAUAAAAGUAAAACAGAUAUUAUAAUUAUAUUAAGUUUUACAUAAAAAUUACGAGACAACUAUCCAUCAAAGUGCAAAUGAAGUGGAUGUAAGCAAUUAUAGGCAACCGUACGGUCUUCAAUAAUGAGAAAAACCCAUACCGUAAAGUCGGCUAUAAAAGGUCCUAACAUGAAAAUUUUGAAACAAUUGAAUUGAGGGAACUAACGGCCUUGUUUUUAACAAAACAAUUCGCGGAAAAAAAUACUGACAGACAAGAACUGACGACAAUAUGUAUGUGAACAUCAAGUUUUCCGUUUCAUUUGAAAAACUUGAAAUCUGUCAGUUGCGUUUGAAAAUGUAACAUUUGUAAUUCUAAAGGAAUUAAGAUAACCUUUAAUGAACUAUAUUGUAUAAAGGUUCUGAGGCAUUUUUUUCUUUUUUUUUUUCUUAAAUUAUAUAAAACUUCUGAAUUACUGACCUACCACAUCAUGUUUCAGUCUUGUGAACAAACGAAGAAGUUGGGUCAGUGAUGACAUAUAUCAAUGAGACAGCAACCCAUCAACAAAUCAACCCAAACACAAAUAGACGAGCAUCAACAUGUACCGAACAAAACCUAUUGACGAAAUUCCUGACUUGGGACAAUCACCUGAGCAUGUGGCAUGGUUGACUUGUUUUAAAAUCUAAUUUACCUUUUUCAAUAUCAAUCAGUUGGCUUACAAUUAAAAUACAUAAAAGAACCUGAAAUAAAAAUAUAAGUAAAAGAAAAGCAUGGUUUACGAGUUAAAUUUAGGAUGGCUAGGGGGACGGUUAUGCCAGACCCCGAUAUUGGACAUAUGAUGAAGACCUUCCAUAACUUGACCCAUCUGAACCUUUUGUUCUUGGAAACCGUUGGCCUCUGUCAUUCAUAUACCCCACGUGCAGAUAUAAGUAUUGCCGUAGAGAAUUUUUUACCAGUUAAAUGCAGGUCUCAUGAAGGAGUUCUGUAAUGUCAGACCUCGGUUUGAAAUUAACACUGUAAAUAACUAUUGUAAAUAUUUCACUUUUGAUAUUUUAGAAUAUAUCGGUUUAAGGUAGAAUGUCAUUUAUAAUUAUAAUUCUAUCCUGUUCAUUUUAUGUAUUUAUUUAUUCUUUCAUUUAAGUUUUCAAUUCAUAGUAUUAGCAUUAUUAUCAGUGCCCCACAUCGACAUUCCGGGAGCCUUAUACUUUCCACAUUAUUCGUCCGUAUGUCUGUGUGUUUGUUAAUAAUUUCUGCAAACGCAAAAACUCAAAUAAAAAAGGUAGGACCCUGAUGAAAUUUUGACAAUUGUUGUGCAUAAUAUGUAGAUGGCAAAUAUUUUUUUGGCAAACAUUGGCUUGUUCAAUGUAUCUUAUUUUUUGUUAAAACAUUACAUACUUAUAGUACCAGCUGGCGUGCUACAUGUAGGAUUCCAAAGGUAUGUAGGUAAAAUAUUCUUCUCCAAAUUGAUUCUCCACUAAAAUAGAUUUUUUUAUGAACAUUUGGCAAAUGUUGAAAAUUUUGAAACAGCUCGGUCUGUACUGUUAUUGUAAAUAUAUAGAAAACUGAUAUUUAAGUAGUACUACAUGUUUUGUAUGCUCCAUCAAACUCAUUUUAUUUUACUUAAUUCACUUCUUUGAGAAAUAAGUCUCUGUGCUAGGCUUUAAAUUGAAAUUGAUGUAGAAAUAGUAAGUUAUGAUAUCAUAUUCCAAAAUGACUUCUUUUUUUAAGGAUUAUCUGUAUGUCAUCAUUUGUUUUAAGGCUACCAAAUUACAUAUAAAUCAAUUAUCAGUCCUGAUUUCAAAGAAUCUUGAUAUUUACUUAACACACCAUGGAUUAUUUCCUUUUGUCAAAAUUUACCAAAAAUGCCGCCCAAAUAAAGUAUCGUUUUGUUUGCGUGCGAGUUCAUUAUUUGUAUAUAUGCUUCAAACAAAAAAGGGCAAAUGGGGCGUUUCCUGACAUGUCCGUUUUUCUAGUUAUUGUUUUAUUUUAUUGAUACCCUCUGUAGUUUAUUUUUUACUUACAUUGUAAAUUUUAACAGUUGUCCUGUUGCAGUCCUGUAUAUUCAAUAUUAAUUUGUGCUCUCCGUACUGAAUUAUUAAUAUGUUUUAUUUUAUACAAUACUGACAAUAUCAUGUUUUAAUAAAUACAGGGAAUUAGUGAU